UCGCUCCCAGGAGGAGAUUAUUGUCUCACCGCGGUAGCAGAGUUUGACAAGAGUUGGAAUAAGACAGAUUCCCCAGACCCCAACGUGCCGCCAUGGAGCCACUUGGUCAACAGUCGUGUCCAAGAUCAUUACUCAUGGAACUGUGAAGCGCCUUCGAG